AUGAUCAGAUCCACAGACCGUUCGUAUAUGUGUACAUAUAAAUUAACUAUUGAAGAAGUAUGUCAAUCAACCGCUGAUAGUGGACCAUGCGGUAAUUAUGAGGAUAUGUACUACUAUGAUUCAUUCAGCGGUAGAUGUCAUCUAUUCAUUUAUGGUGGAUGUGGUGGUAAUUUGAAUAGAUUUAAAACACGAGAGGAAUGCGAAGCUCGUUGUUUACAUGUUGGAGCUAAUAGGAGACAUUUUGGUCGAACUCAAUCACUUCCAACAGCGCAACGAAAUGAAUUAAUAUCUGUCACAUUACCUAAAUCCGGCUCAUUUGGUAUUCCAAUAAUAAGUCGAUCACGUGAUGCGUGCAAUGAACGAAUGGAUAUUGGUCGAUGUAAUGGUGCUUUUCAAAGUUAUUACUUUGAACGUGCAACAGGUACCUGUGAACCAUUCCGUUAUUCCGGAUGUGGUGGUAAUGCUAAUCGUUUUCAAACUAAGGAGCAAUGUGAAGAACUAUGUGUGCAUCGUUCUUCCGGUGCUAAAUCUGAAACACUUCCGCCUGAUUCGGCAUUCAGACAUCUCAUACCAAUAUCAGAUAGCAAAAG